AUGUCCAAGAAAGCAGGCACUCCUGCUUACGCGCCGGUCUACGUGGAGAGCAAGCUCUUAAAGCUUGACGACGUGUCGGUCGCCCAUGAUUCCGGCCAUCGGGACGUCGAUGAGGAUCGUGUCCUGGAGUUGUAUGAGAAGGUGAUUUUGGCCGGUCGUUGGGGCCAGGCUUCGUUGUCCCGACCGAAGCUGAGGUAUGAUCCUGCUGGUCGUCCUAUGGCCGCAUCUGAUGGCCGGUCGAAGCUGGCAGAUGGCAAGCACUGUAUCGCAGCGUUGAAGAUACUUGACGACGUGUAG